AUGGCCCAGGAGGAAGCGUAUUCUACUCUGAUUCGUGGAAUUCAAGAGCUAAACUUCGAAGGACCUCCUGUACCCAGCGAGCUGCUGCUGAAUGGCCACCAUGCUUUCCCUUUAGCUGUGAACAGCAAAGAUCAGGUCAUGAUGGCUGCCUCGUGCUAUGGCCUUGGCCGCAUAGUGGUGUUGGGACACGAGACAUACCUGCAGGAUUUCCCACUUGCAGUGCAAAACGCCCUGAGAUGGCUGCAACCUUCAUUUGACAGGGCUAAAAUAGGUGUUAGUCCCAGCUGCAGUGACAUGGUAGAGAACCUGUCUUCGUUUGACGUGGAGGUCUGCCAGUUCAAAGAUGAUUUGGGGAUUUACGUCACAGAUGUCUACAAUUUGGGUCCAUCAGCUAAGGAUCUGGUGAAAUUCCUUAAGGCAGGAGGAGGGCUUCUUCUGGCUGGCCAGGCAUGGCACUGGUCGAGCACCCAUCCAGAGGAAAAGGUGCUCCUACACUUCCCUGGAAACCAGGUGUGUGGGGUGGCUGGAAUUUACAUCACAGAGAGCUUUGGGAGACAUGAAGAGAUUGCUGUGCCAUCCGAACUUCCUCUCAAAUGGAGUACUACAUCGAGAAGUGCAAAAUCUGACAACAAUCUGGAAUUCCUGCUGAAGAAUGUGUCAGAGUUUGAUAUCCGUGGAGAUGCAAUCCCUGGUGAUGUCCUGGUCCAUGGUCCCUUGGCAUUCCCCAUCGCCACCACUCCUGAGGGAAGGGCCUUUCUUGCUGGAGCUCAGUACGGCCUGGGCAGAGUCAUUGUGACUACCCAUGAGGAUUUCAUUUCAUACAAGACUCUGUCACCAUUCUUCCUGCAAGCUCUCCAGUGGCUAGAUCAGGGACGCAAUGGGACAGUUGGCAUCUUGCCAAGGCUAAGACAAGCUAUUGAUCCUCUAAGCAAGUCUGGUCUUUCCUGUCAAGUCACACAUUUUACGGAUGGCCUCAGUGUCUAUGUGUGCACCUCAUACAGUGAUGAUCACUGCACAGAAAUUCAGAAGUUUGUCGCCGAAGGUGGAGGACUGCUGAUUGGUGGCCAUGCCUGGUGGUGGAGUUACAGCAACAAUGCUGCUGAAGUUCUGAUGAAAUACCCAGGAAACCGCAUUCUCAAUCAGAUGGGUCUCUCAAUCCUGACCAACAUUGUAGACCGAGAGUUGUACAACGCUCAUUCUGGCAAAGAGUUAAUGGAGGUGUAUCGGUUUCGUGAGUUCCUGCCUCUAUUUGCUGAUUACAUGGUUCAAAGCCAAAGUCUUAGCAAAGAUCAGAUGGGCUGUCUCGAGAAGAUGGGCAGGGACUGUGCAGACUAUCUCUCCAUGUCGGCUCAUCACUGCGCUUCCUACUCCUCGGUGCUGGACACAUUAACAGAUGUGGUGAAGUCCGGAAAAGUCCCACAGGUGUCAGAAAAUCGCCCAGUGAGUGACACUGAGGAACGCAUGCUGCUGGAGUUUGCCAGUGAGGUGUGCAAGGUUUGCCCAGAUCCAGCGGCUCUCCUACCCUACAUCAUCAAGGAUCCUGUUGUCCUGCCAACAGUCAGCAAUACCAAACUGCACAUUACUGCCAUGACAUCAGGACAAGAAGAAUGGAUCAGUACCGGUCUGUACCUCUCCCCUGGCAUGAAGACCGAUAUUGAGUUUCCUCAGCAAAUAGUGGGAAAAAGUUGGAAGGUGCAGAUUGGCUGCCAGACUGACAACCUCAGGAAGUUGGACGUGUUGAAACGAGCUCCAGUGGUUUGUGAGAGCUUCCCUGUGGACAAUAGCAUCAUGCAGGUGUGGAACCUCUGGGGAGGUCUCAUCUACCUGGUUGCCCCACGUCAAUGUGAAGUGUUUCAUGCAGAGGUUGUGGUGCAGGAAGCUGUCCGAGCACCAUACUACAAGUCAGGGGAGACGAGCAUAGAUGACUGGGUGAACACUGUGCGUCAUGAGCCUGCACCAUGGGCCGAGUUGGAGUUUGAGAACCUCAUCAUCACCCUUGACUCUAAAGUAAUCAGGGAUCUAGAACGACCAGACCUGGUGGCUGACCAGUGGAAUACAAUCAUGAGAGCUGUUGCUGACCUGGCAGCAAAACCUGCCACGUUCCCACGCAAGGAGCGGUUUGUCGGGGACGUACAGAUAGCUUGCGGAUGGAUGCAUGCUGGCUACCCGAUCAUGAUGCACAGUGGAUCUGCCCGUGACCUGAUAAAGCUAAGCAACAAGAGGGACGCCUGGGGGCCAAUCCAUGAGCUUGGCCACAACCAGCAGCGAAGUGUCUGGGAGAUCAGCCCAAACACCACCGAGGCCACCUGCGAACUCUGGCCGGCGUAUGUAUUCGAGACAGUGCUUGGCAUGCACCGGGCAAAGGCCCAUGAUGCUUUGGAACCUCAUAAGAGAUCGGAGAGGAUCCAGAAUUAUGUCAAAGGAGGGAGGAAUAUCAAGGACUGGAGUGUCUGGGUGGCAUGUGAGACAUAUUUGCAGCUUCAGGAGCAGUUUGGGUGGGAUGCCUUUAAGAAGGUCUUUGCUGCCUACCACGAUAUGGAAGGUGUGCCCAAUGACAACGAUGGCAAGAUGAACACGUACGCUGAGACCUUCUCCAAAGUGGUGAACAGGAACCUCACAUCAUUUUUCAGGGCCUGGGGCUGGCCAAUCACAGCUCAGACGGAGAAAGGGCUCGCAAAUCUGCCAGUCUGGAGCGAUCAUCCAAUGGCCCUGUACAGCCCCGUAACCAGCAUUGAGAACACUGAGGUCAUGUCCUCAGGAUUGUGCCGAGUUUUUUAAUUUAGAGAUAAAAUAAUAUAUAUGAUGAAAAUCG